AUGAAAGAAAACGAAAGGAAAUGUUACAAGUGUGGAUGUUCUCCUGCUCAUGAUCGUAACAUCACCUUGCAUCGUUUUCCUAAGCCUGGGAGAACAAAUAGCGUACGAUGUGAAUUAUGGGCGAAGUACUGUUUUCCUCAUGAAUCUUGGUGGUCACCAGAAUUUCAAAACAAUCUUCAUUCUAGGCAUUUAAUGUUGUGCACUAAACAUUUUAAGAAAUCAUCAUUCAUUGAUAAUUUUGGAAAGAGGCUAGUCAAAUCUGCAGUACCUGAUGAGGAAUGUGAUAAGGUUAGUUAA